AUGGCAGGCGCUUCGACGACACAGAUUGAAGAUAUGAAAGCCAAGCAGGAUGCUGUGCAUAGAGAGAGAACGAUUCGAGAGAAUCGACGUGUGGUAAGUAUCUCCAAGAGAAACCAACAGAUUCAAGCACGGAAUGCAUUGUCGACAAGCUAUUGCUUUCAUGCUAUUGAGCCGUUGAAGACUUUUACGGAUAAGGAGAUGGCACAGGAGAUUUUGGAGAAACUGGCCAAUGAUCGAGGAAUUCUAGCGGUAAUGGCAAAGCACAAAUGGAGUGUCGGUGUCUUGGCAGAAAUGCUGCCUGAUGGAAAGGUAGGCGUGGAUCCCGUGUGCGUGCUUGGGUUGAACCAAAACAAGGGACAGAGGAUCUUGCUGAGACUGCGCACGGAUGAUCUACUAGGCUUUCGUAAGUUUUUGAGUAUCAAGAAAGUGUUGUUCCACGAGCUCUCGCACAAUGUUCAUUCUGAGCAUGACACAAACUUCUACCAGUUGAUGCGGCAAAUUGAGAAGGAAAGCAACGAGUUGGACUGGACGAAGGCUGGUGGCGCUGCUGUAGGGCGGUCUCGAAUGAUUUUACACGACGAAGAAAAGUCUAUGGAAAACUCUUCAAGUGGACAUCGACUGGGUGGCGAGUCUGCAGGUAGUAGCCGACUGGAGUACAAAGACGGAUUGUUAUUUGGUGUACCGCAUGCUCUACUGGUGAUUACAAUAGGAAAGACUGGUGGAUCUACACUUGCGUUUCUCAUGGGACGUUACAUGGGCAAGGAGAUGAUUGGUGACUACCUACGUACUAAUUUUCCAACCUUUCGUGCUUUUUCUGCGGCACUCAAUAGUUCGAGUUGGAAGCCAGUGGUGCUGUAUCAAUUGUCCAGUAUCCCGAAUCUUGUGAAGAUCUAUAGUUUAGCCAUCACCCAAGUGUCAGUGACACGAUUUAUAGUGUCAUCGGCGAUAGGAAACACCCCUCAUGCCAUCCUCUGCGCGUAUAUCGGCGAUCAAGCGAGUGAUAUCGCCGCUAUUCUCACGGGUGAGACUAAGAUGACGACAAGUCGGAUGAUCAUGGUUGUUACAGCUGUCUCGAUGACGGUGCUGGCUAUCACUUUCCUCGUAGUGUAUAUGAAACGUCAGCUGCAAGAGCUUCAGAAGCGAGAGUGCCGCAGUGGCAGCGAAGAAGAGCUACUGCUUUCGAUUGAAGCUGAUGCCGUAGAUCCGGUUGAUGUCAAGAGCCCGUCGCAGCGCGUGCGUCUAUCGACACCAACGUGCCAAAUGUGA